AUGGAUUCCGGUGAAAUUGCCCGGAUCAUUCAAGAAGGAAUUACAGCUGACCUGCAACGUAAUGCUCGGGGGCCAACAGGUUUCACCCCCAACACUCCAUUCACGCCAGAGAUAUUGACAUAUCCCUUGCCCGACAGAUUCAAAUAUCCUCGCAUUAAAAAGUAUGAUGGGACGACCGACCCCAUCAACCAUCUCAUUGUAUACACUGAUGUCAUGAACUUGCAAGUUGCGCCGGAUCAGGUUAUGUGCAAAGCCUUUCCACAAACGCUGACUAAUGCCUCUAGGGAUUGGUUCUCGACAUUGGAGCCUAACUCCGUAGCCUCAUUCUCAGAUUUGGUUGAUAAGUUCUCAGUCUUCUUUGCAAGUAGCAAGCGAAUCAGGAAGACAGCGGCCUCUCUCAUGCAACUUCGCCAAGGACCAACCGAAACCCUACGAGGAUUUAUGACAAAGUUUAACAAGGAAAGGCUUCAAAUACCUGACCUCCACAUCACAGCAGCUGUCUCCGCCCUCGCUUACGCCGUAAGAUGUGAAGCCUUCAAGAUGUCUUUAUCAAAGACCCGAUCGCAGACAGUGAUUGAGCUCCUCACCCAAGAUGAAAAAUACAUUAAUAUGGAGGAAACACUAAAUCCAAGAAGACCUGGUCCUUCCCAUGAAAAGAUCGAGAACAAGAGGCAACAUGAUCCCGUCCCCCGACAUGAGGUUCCCCGGGAUAAGCGCAGGAACGAGGCGCCAUCAGCACCUCUCACUCGAAUUAAAGUUGCCUUCAAGGAUGAAAUCACCCCAGACACAAGAGAUAGGAGCAAAUAUUGCGAAUUUCACCGAGAUCAUGGGCAUACUACAGAGGAUUGUCAAGCUUUACAGCGAGAAAUUGAAGCCCUUAUCAAAAGAGGAUUUUUAAAGAAUUACGUUGGUCAUGAUAAACGGCCAAGGAAUGACCGUGACAAUCGGAAAGAGCCCGGGGCUGGAAGCAGUGCUCAACCCACUGCUGGAACCAUUAAUAUUAUCGUUGGGGGCAUAGCAUCCGACGGAGACACAAGUAGUGGGCGAAAGCAGUAUGCCCGCCAACAUGCUCAUACCCCAAGAGAAUCCAGUGAUGAAGUGAAAGAUAUCACUUUUGGUGCAAGAGAUUUGGAAGGAAUAUCUUAUCCUCAUGACGAUGCCUUGGUCGUUUCUAUGGUUGUGGCUAAAUCUGUUAAGCCUUUCUUUGAUAUAAGCCUUGUUUGGCCCCAAGAGAUUUGGGGGAUAUGCCAGGGAUAG